AAUGGAGGAAAAUGAAUACGUGUCAUACAGUCCUUUUAUUUACUUCAUAACAUCAUUUUUAAUUAAUAAUUUUGUAUUGAUGUUUGAAUGACUUAUUUGUAGGUGCUUCAACUUAUUUUGAAGCCUUAUAUGGUUGUAAUUCAGGAUUGUUAGAACUGCUGAGACAAGCAUAUGUUGACAAGUUUACAUGUGUUUAUCUGUGUGUCCAUGGGUGUUUUAAACCAUGGUCCUAACUUAACCAGGGGAAAUAUUUUCUUUAAAAGGAAUUUUAAUCAUCCUCCAUACACAUUGAUGGUAUUAUUUUCAUCCUGUCAAACUUGAAAUAUUUUUAUUAAAACACUCAACUUCCAACAAACAUGUUAAAAUCAGUGAAGUGUGACGAAUGUCAGUGUAAAGUGUUGGGUUACCAAGCUCUAAUGUCCCCUGAGGUAACUACCCAUAGAUAUAGUUUCUACAUAUCAUCAUUAUUAACAUAGAUAAUUAGAUGAUAGAUAAAGAUGGGAGGGCUUUACUUACAUCUAUAUCUAUCUGGUAUGUGUAGUUAUUAUUCAUUACACAUCUGUCAGCUGCUUUAGAUAGCUUGAAGGAUAUUGUUGUGUGUAGAUGAUGCAUCCAUUCAGUUCAGAGUUCAUUCUUUCUGGUCAAAUAGGGGAGAUGUCUUCUUUUGCUGAACCAUAUGUAUAUUGCACCCCAGAACAGAUGCAGCACAUGAUGACCGAAGAAUCAAACGGUGACGCAAUCAUGGGUGACAACAUACAUUUAAAGAUCUUAGUGCCGUCAAUUGCCGCCGGAGCCAUCAUUGGUAAAGGAGGAGAAACCAUCGCUCAAGUACAAAAAGAGGCUGGAGCCCGCGUUAAAAUGUCCAAGGCUAAUGACUUUUAUCCAGCCACAACAGAAAGAGUAUGCUUAAUAAUGGGUGCUGCAGAUUCUGUCAGAAAAAUACACACAUUCAUCAUGGAAAAAAUUAGAGAAAAGCCAGACCCCAACCCAAAGUUAGAAGAAACAAAUAAAAACUUUGAGAGGCACAGACAGGUUUGUAAUGAAGUUAAAAUUUUAGUGCCAAACAGCACAGCGGGAAUGAUUAUAGGAAAAUCAGGAAACUAUAUAAAACAGAUAAAGGAAGAAAGUGGGGCCUACAUACAGAUAUCACAGAAGUCUAAAGAAAUUAAUUUACCAGAAAGAUGUGUUACAAUAGCUGGUGAUGUUGAAUCCAACAAAAAAGCAGUAGACUUAAUUUUACAGAAAAUUGUUGAAGAUCCACAAAGUGGGAGUUGUCCAAAUAUCAGCUAUGCAGAUUAUACUGGUCCUGUUGCAAGUGCUAAUCCUACUGGUUCCCCAUUUGCAAACCCUAAUGUUGCACAAAACAGAGGACAAGAAAUGGUUGUCAACACAACCAAUUAUUCAACCCAAGGUGCUUUUGGCAUAGGAAUAAAUGGGAACACUGCUUUUAGCAAUAGUUUAGGAAACGGAAUUACAAAUUUGAAUUUAAAUGCUGCAUUAGGGCAACCAGGUGGACAAAUGACCAGUUCAGCAUUGGAAAAUUUGAAAAUGACAUUACGUGGAAACGGGUAUUCCGAACAGGCUACAGAGGAUAUCAGUAACGCUAUGAACGUGUUGGCAAGUUAUGGCAUUCUAGGAAUGAUAGGACUGAAUCAGAUUCCAACAGUAAAUAAUAUGGGAACGAUUGCAAAUAUGGGACAGCCUACUCCAGGGAUGACAGCAGGUGUGGCUAAUAUGCAGAAUAUGCAGAACAUGCAGAAUAUGCAGGCUACUAUGCAGCAAGGAAUGAACAUGAACUCUUCCCUUGGAGCUCAAGGAAUGAUGGCUGCCACGCCUGCCAGCUCAGCACAGAAUAAUUCUUAUCUCAAUACGAGCAAUAGCUCAACUGGUGCUGGUAGUUUGUUUGGACCUGUUGGUAGUGGGUCAUCUGGUUUGGGGAGUUCUGGAUCAACUGGAGCUGGCUCUAGUCUGUUUGGGAGCUCCUCACCAAGUAUGGCCAAUGAGAGAUACGUUGGGAGCCCCAUGUUGAAUGACUCAUUUACAGGAGCAACAAAUUACACAAGCACUCCAACAGCAUUUGCCGCACCAGCCAUGCAGACUGAAAAACCGCCAAACAUAGCACUGAAUCAAAAUUCUUUUGGUUUAGGAACAAGUAUGUACAGUCCAACAGAGGAUAAACAACAAACCAUUAAACAGGAUUUGGAAGUAGCAGAAAGUAUAGUAGGGGCUAUUUUAGGUCCAGGUGGAAAAGGAAUUGUUGAAUUACAGCAGUUUACACAAACCAACAUCCAGAUUUCCAAGAAAGGAGUUUACGUACCUGGUACCAGAAAUCGUAUUGUCACAGUAACUGGUACUCCAUCAAAUAUAGGAAAAGCACAGUAUCUUAUACAACAACGUAUACAACAAGAAGAACUUAAACGUGCUAGACAAGCGUCUCGUUAAUUGAAAUUAGUGGCUUUAAGAAAUUUAUUAUUAUUCCCCCAAAAAGACUGUUGUUGUUUUCUUUUUUUAAAUUUUAUUAAGUUAAUAUUUUAUUAUUGUGGUUGAAGAGAUGUAACAGCACCCAUUUGUGAUGUUAGUAGUAUUCAGACAUGGACUUGAUCAACAAUCACAAUUCACACGAAAUUUGCAUGCCCAUAUUUGUUUUUUAACGUGUUUUUGUUUUUCGUUUUUUCAUGAACUUUUAAGUCUUUCUUUCCCAAGUUAUGGGAUUUUUAAAGCAUGUAGGAAACAUCUUAAUAACAUUUAGUGUUUGUUUUUGUAUAUAUAUAUAUAUUUACUGAUACAGUCAUGCAUACUAAAUAGAAGUACAGCACAUUUGUGAUACAUGCAUUGUCAUUUCAAAUGUAGAAAGUCAGAAGAGCAUUGAUAUUUAUUGCAUUUCGCUAGAAACAGAAGUAAUGUGAUUGGUUAACUUCAAUCUUGGCAAUGUUUUGCAAAAUUUUACUUGUGAAAGAAAAUGUCUCUUGAUCUUUUCGAUAAUGAGUGUGGUGAUCAAGGGGACACAACUCUUGUUGAAUUUCAAUUCAUUGGAAAUUAUAUAUAGUGAGACAAGACAGAAUGGAGAUUUUCAAAAGUUUCUUUUAGGGAGUAAAAAUAAAAGCAAGACAUUGCACGAUAUGGAAUACGUGGAGGGUGAUACGUUUUGUUUAUAUAUUAUGGUUAUAUUGGAAUGAAUGAAUGUUUCCCCUAUUUAUAUUGUGAUUAGGAUAUAUUGUAAUAUUAUAUAAUUAUAUAUAUAUUAUAUUAACUUUUUGACAGACUGAUAAGAUUUGUUGACAUAUGUUUUAGUCAAAUUUGAUUGUUAUUAUUAUUUAACUCAAAAGUUGUUAACGAUUUGUAUGUAUAUGUCUAUAUAGAUGUAUGUGUGUAUAGUCAUAAAACACCCUUUGAACAUAAUGUUCACAUUUUUCUAUAAAAAGGAAAGCCAUUGAUUAUUUGCCAGAAUUUUUUGUUUGUUUUAUAUUUGAAAUUAAUUAAUGUUGCACAAGUGAAAUUUCAAAACAUUUUAUUCAAUCAGAGGAAAUUUGCUCUAAAAUGUUUACAUGAAAUAGAAUUGUUGAUUAUAAUGACAUUAUGUGGUUGGCCUCUAUGAUUUUGCAUGUAAGAAUAAAAUUUGUCUAAUUGACAUUAAUCAUUGAUUAAAUAAUUGAUAGCAAUGGAUCAUUGUAAACAUAUUUCAUAUAAGUGACUUCCUUGCAGGGAUAGGUAGCUUAUUUUAGAAUCUGACAGUAAAUAUGAAAUUUGUAAAUAGAUAAAACACAAUUCAAUUCAGUAAAAUUUGAAAAUGCUGACUUCACCAUAAUCAUUUAAACAAGACUGAAUGAAAGAAAAUGAAGUUGUCAGCUUCUAUCCACAUCCUUAGAUUUAAUCAAUUUGACAAUGAAAACAAUGUCUUGUAAAAUUGUCUGAUUUACUUUUAUGAUUAUUUUAUAGAAUAUUUUCUGGCAAAUGAUUGAUGGUCUUUGAAAAAGAUUUUUCCAUUGAAAGGUGACAGAUGUUUUGAUAAGUUUUAAUAUUGAUCAUGUAGAUGAUUCAUCGAGUAGGUAUAGUGAUGAUAGAGUUUUACCUAUGUACAAAGGUGAACAGAUUCUUUUUUUGCUUGUUAUUUGAAAUCAUUGGAUUAAAAUUAUUAACACUAAAGUAGUGUUAUAUGUAUGUGUCAUUUAACAUCUGUAGCUGUUCAAUGGAGAAUUAUUUUUUCGUUUAAUUUAUUAUACCAUAACACCACAUAGAUAUACAUGUAUUAGAAAAGGCAGGUUUACCUGGAAAGGAAUAACUUUCUAGAAUUUGUACUAGCGUGGUAGGUGAUGAAUUUCACAGCUUUCUUUUUUGUGCUAGCUGUGUUAUAAAAUAAAAAUAUUCAGUGGAAGGUUAGAUGUGUGUAAAAUUACCUGAAUAACGGGUACAAUUAGUUAUUAUAUUUAUUUUUUUGUUUUUGGUGUGAACUGAGCUAGUAUAAAUUUUCUGAUCUAUCUAUUAUCUUCUCUUUGCUCUCUGAGUUUUCCUGCCCAGUGCUUGUUGAAUACAUAAAAUAUUUUGUCAUUAUUCAGCCCAUUGUGUGAAGACAAGUCUUUCAAAAAAUCUGUCAAAGUGUAUCAUCACAAGAAAAUUGAGCAUGCUUUUUUUUCACCGAUUUUAUAUUAUGCAUCUUGUACUCAAAACUCAAACUUGUGCAUUGUCACCCCAUUGUAUGAAUAUAGAUCAUCUUGGCAUCAAUCAUGGGUUUUCUUCGUUAUUUCAAUGAUGUGCCAGCUACGGAGUCUUUCAAAUAAUUACCCUACUUUCAGAAAUAAAACAACUUUCAUUUAUUAUUAUUUAUUAGUGUGUGGUGAUGAUGAUUUGAUAAUUAAUAGUUAUUUAAUUAAUCACUGAGAUUUUAUGACCUAGUUAUUUAAGUUUUUUGUAUGAAGUGUGUGUUUUUGGGAGACCAGUUGUUAUAUCAGUACAUUGUCCAUAGUUAUUUCAUAAUUUUCAUAUCUUCACCAGUCAAUACUUGGGUGCUGAAAAAUUGACAACUGUGAUAAUUUAUUUAACUUCGCACACUGAAAAGAGAAUCAUCUUUCCCAUAUUGUUCACGACAGAUGAGUUAUCGCAGAUAUACUCAAAAACUCUACCCAUUCACAUUGUACAUUAUUUAUACAAAUUAUGCCAGAAAUUAAAUGUCCAGGAAAAUUUGUGCAGUUGGCUUUAACUUGAAUCUUUCAAUUUUCAGUUAACAUCAACACUUUCACAUUAAAGAAAUAAUGUUCACCUUUAAAAUAUAGCUACUCAAGCCUUUAUGUAGGCACAGAAGUAAAACUUUAAGAUCAUAAAGUGAUACAAUUUUUUAUCAUUUUAUAUUGUUGGAUAGAGCAUUCAAUGAAUGUCUAGGUCGAGGCAACUGCAUAUAAUUUUUCAUUUCAUAUUCAUACAUCUUCAUUAAAAAGCAUGACAUGUUCAAACUUUCAAAACUUAUUAGUCAUUCUACUUUCAUUCUCAGUAGGAAAUCAACAUAAUAUUAGACCAACCAUCGUUUUUUUAAAUGGCAGGGAUCCUAUUCAUUUCUUCUUUAGAUUAGUAAAUUUUGAUCUCAAACCAUAUAAACUAUUGUUUCCUGUACAAAACUUCAUGGUUAAUAUAACCCCAGACUAGCCAAUAUCAUACAGUAUUUAUUUCCAUAUUCACUCAUACUUCUCAAAUCAUGAAAUUUGACAGUGAAAGUCAAAACUUUCCUGUAAUUGUAUGUUAACAGUUUACAUCUAUCAAAUGUAUUCCAGCCAAUCAAAUUGGUGCAAGUAUUCAAUGCAGAACAUACAGCAUUUUCAAAUGACCAUUCAUUUCAUGGAAUAUUUAAAUCUGUGAUACCACAUAGAAUUUGGUCACUGAUCUUGAUCAUCCAUCAUUUCUUUUGUCUUUCACUUUCAAAUUUCUUUGAUUUGUGUAGUGUAGUGAAGAAAAUUCCUUAUACAGUUAAUCACUUUUUUAUGUAAUGAAAUCCUAGUUUCAGUGUAAAUUAUAACCAUUUCAUUUCAAGGUUUAUACUAGAUCAAAUGUUUUAAGAUAAACCCUAAGUUUUAUACAGUUUAAGCAUGUCAUACUUUCUACUGGAAAUGCAUUUUAUGAAAGAGAUUUUUAUUGUUCAGCAGUUUUAUUUUUGUAUGUUUUAACUGAUGUACGAGUUAUGUUUUAUAGGAAGUUUUUAAGUUGAGGUGUGGCCAAAAUAUGGUCAUGGUGACCUAAUUUUGUUUGUUGAGAAUAAAAGAUCUGAAAAAUAUUUGAUGUAACUUAAGAAACAGAAUGAUUCUGGUGUUUUUAAACUUUUUAUUUAAUGAGACACUGUAAAAGUACUUAUUAUUGCUGUAAUGAAAGGAUAUUGACUUGGAAAAUCAUCAAAUUUAUAUUCACUGUAAAAUAGGUGAGCUCUAAUGAAAAUUAUUAUACUGUUGAAACAGAACCUACACACAAAUAGCAUGUCUUAUAGACUAAUAACAGAGCUUGCUUUGAAUUGGACUGAAAAUAUAACAAUCUAAUUUUUUUUCCCUCUGAAAUACAUAUCCAUAUUGUUAUUUGUAAAAAUCAAUUGGCCAAAAGAUGACAAUUAUUUGAUUAUUCUUUUUAUAUUGAUUUUUUUUCAUUCAACAUUAGCAAACAACAUUCAGACAAUACCGUUCAUUCUGCAAAAAAUAAGUACUUUUACAGAUUUUUUUUACAUCAGACCAUAUUGUAUAGGUAAACUUGUUUCAUUUUAAAUGACCUGGACAUUAACUGUAUAGUUAAAUGUAUCAAUUUAUUUUAUAUAUAUUUCAGUAUUAUUGAUAAAUUUUCAGAAGAGAAAUUUCAUUUCUUUUCUUUUACACAACAAGAUUUUUGUAAAUUUGAGACAUUGAGACAAAAAUUUAAAGUUUUAAACGAGUAAAAAUUUAGAAUCGAGAAAAACAUCAAAAACUUUUUGCAGUUUUAAACAAUUUUAUCUGUAACAAUUCAAAUUGAAUUUAUUUUACUAUUUGACAUUUUAAAUAUUAAACCCAUCUUACUUUGGAAAUUUAAAAAAAAUUACAAAGAAAAAGCUGUGUAUCAAACCACAGACACUGCAGACGAAAUUCAAUAUGAAGAACAUGAGAAUUUUGUUUACUGUUUCAAAGCACAGAAACUGCAGAUGUAAUUCUAUAUGAAGAACAUGAGAAUUUUGUUUACUGUUUCAUCUGUUACAAAAAUCAUUAAGUGAAAUCUAGUCUACUACCUCUUAAGUAAUGGGUAAUGUUGUUGAUUAAUGAAGAUAUGCAAAUUAGUGAUUUCUAUGUUGUUAAUUAACUUAUAUGUCUAUGGUACAAUUGUAUGAUACAAAAACUGGACUCUUAAUAACACCAUCUAAGUAGAGAGUCAAUAACUUUGAAGAAAAGUUGAUAGGACCCAUUCAUGAAAUACCUUCAGUCAUUAUAAAUAGAUUAGAAAUAUAGAACUUUUUAUAUGUAACGUGGAAUCACCAUUUUUCAAGCUAAGCCUAUUUCGCAUAGUCAUUAUUUUCUGUACAGUUUUAGAAAUUUUCAUUUAUUUUGCCGAGUGCUUUUUUGAGUUGAUGAGAAAAGGUGAUACUUUAUAUAUAAAUAUAUAUAUAUACAUACAUAAUAUAUAUUAUUAUUAAUUAUUUAUUUAUGGAUUGAGGAGAUGAAUUUAGUUAUUCAAAUGUCUGUGAUAUCAUUCAGCCAUUUUGUAUAUAUAUCUCGUAGAAUCACAGUAGAUUUAGUUUUUAUUCCAUGUGUUUUAACAUUAUACCAUUACAGAGUGCAAAAUUUCAUCUUUUGUCAGUUUUUUAAUCGGUGAUUCCACAAAAAAAAUGUGUAAAUUUAACUGUUACACUAUUUCGUAUAACUUCAACUGUUAAUGCCGUUGAUAAAUUCCUUGGUCUGAAGGUAUUUCAUGAUUUGGUAAGAAAAACCUGUUAUUUUUGUUCAAUCUGUAGUUGGUUUAGGGAUUUAUAUGAGUUCAGCACUGAAAGUCCUUGUUUGUAACCUUAAAUCAACUAGAUAAAACCAAGAGUACAUAUUUUACUGGAGUUCAUUGUAGAAUUUGUAUAAGAAAACUCAAAACCAAAAAAACAAGGAAAGAGAAGCAGUGUUUAACUUGUGUGCAUGGUUCUCCAAAUAAUAGUUUUGCAUUACUUGACUUUAUUUGUUCAGUAUGUUGAUUUGCUUUGUUUAUAUCUAAAUACCAUUAACAAGUAUGUACUCUUGGCCACUAGAUGUAAUGUAUGCAUAAGUUACUGUUGGUAUUUGCUUUGAUAUCUCCAUAGUAUGAUCAUGAAUCAUCAGGUGAUGUAAUUGGUGCAGCGUGAGAGAAUUUGUAAAUAGGACAUUUGAUCAUGUGAUUUAAAGACUUUGGGUAUGAACAACUUUUAGUUCAGCUAGAAACAUUCCUGUAAACCAGAUUAUUUUAAGCAGGGCAGAGAGACAAGUUGAGAAGUAGCCAGUUCAUUUAUGACAUACUGUCAUGAAUUUUAAAGUCUUUCUGACAUGAUAUUUGAAGUUUGGUCAUGUAUUAAUUUAAUGUGAUGUGCAAUUAUGUCAAAACACACAUAAUGUUUAAUUUAUUUAAAUUGAAAUAAGCAAAAUCAUCAAAUUGCUCUUAGAGGGCUCCACAUGGUUAUAUCAUAUUCCUCCGAUAAGUGCUGUGAUACUCAUUAUAUCAUCAUUAUUUAUUUCAAACAGACUUCAAAACAAACGUUUUUAACAGUUCAUAAGAGAUGAAUGCAGCAAAAGAAUACUGAAGCAUUAAAAAAAAAAAGAUUUUGAAAAGUAAUUUUCAUCCAAAAUAUUGAAAGUGGUAUUGUAUCUUGUAGAAAUAUUUUUUUAACAAUACAUCUUAACUUAGUUUUAAAAAGAUCAGCUGUUUUAUUUGUCUUUUAACCUACAGAAGUUUGUUUUAUACCAUGGAUAUUAACUGUUUUAUCCCAAACAUAUUGAGUUCAAAACUAUCAUGAAGAAAAGAGGGGAUGAAUUGAACCUUGUCAUACACCAAAUAAUUUAUUUAAAGGUAUAGAUCUUCUACAGCAAAUGUGAUGAUCUCGUGUGUCACUGUCACGUUGAUGUAAUCAACUGAGACACAAGUGUAAUGGACGCUAGUGUGGUUAGUUGACACAUUCAAGUGAUCAGUUUGUGUUAUUUAUUGUGCAUAAACGCAUGCCAUACUUAAUAUUGUUAUUAUUUUCUUGUUUUCUGAGAGUAUAUUAUUUAAAUUUUAAUUUAUUUGAAAUAAGUUCACUUUAUUGUUGAAUUUGUUGAACAAAUUAAAAGAUUAUUUGAAUAAAAAGUAAUCUUCUGUUAAUGUAUAGAUUUUGUAAAGUUAUCUACUCAGACAUGUAUGUUAAAUCUGUAAAGAAAAAAAUCUAUUUAUCUGACUUGCAUUGACAAGUAAAUAAACUUUGGUUUAAGUAACAAAAAAAUGGAGUGGUCAGCUUACGUGGCUGAAAUUAAAAAAAAAAUGUAUUGGGUAUAGUUGUGUUAAUAAGAAAUAUUAUGAAGUGUUUUCAUUCAGUUUGUAGAGGACUAUUUUUGUUCAUACGUGUAAAAGCUUACCUGACCAACACUGAAUAAUUAUACUGAGUUUAAGAAAAUAUGAAGAAUUAAGAUGUUCAGUUUGGAGAGGGAUAUUUUUAUUUGUGAGCAAUCAAUUUAACAACACUACAAAAUGCAAAUACAUGUUAAAUUUGGUUUGGCAUGCCUUUCAAAAUUUGUAAGACCAUUGCUCAUUUAGCAUGGCAGAGAAAGAAAAAAAAAUACUUAUGUAAUUUGUGUCCCAGAAUAAGAUUUAAAAAUCUGCACACCAGAAUAAAUUUUGCCUGAUUUGUCAAAUUGACAGAUUAGAUAAACACAGACCGACUGUUAAGUCACAUUCAAUGUUACCAACAAUAGUUUUAAGAAUUAGCAGACUGCAGAAUAAAUUCUCUAAUGUUUUAAUAUUAUAUAAUAUGAAAAUGUUCAUUCAUAAAAAUAUCCCUCUGGUACAGUUUUUAUGCAAUCAAGUAUGACAAAAAAGGGUUAGUCGACAGAGAUACCUCUAUUGUUACUAUUUUGUUUCCUUUUAUUUUUUAAUUUUAUUGGCAUGCGAGUAAAAUUAGUUUGAAUGGAUGUUAGUAUGGUACUUCAGAAGAAUUUACUGUUUAGUUGAUGUUGUGAAAAAGGAAAUUUUAUGUAGAUAUGAAUGCAAAUACCACAUACAAAUGAAUUAAACAGAUUUACACAAGAAAAGUAUCUAAAUAAAAAAAUUGGGCUGAAAA